UAAAUGUGUCAUUGCUCGUUUUUAAUAGGAAGCUUGAGUGACACGGAAGAAUAUUACAUGGUGAGCGCCCAUAACACUCUUCGUCGAAGGACUAACAAACAAGAAUUGAAAUGGAGCCCAUAUCUCAGUAGAUGGGCAAAUUAUAUUAUUCGCUGUGAUGAAGAAUAUCCUGGUCCCAGAAGUGCUUACACUAACUUCGGAAAGUUGUUUACAUCAGACCGAGACAAAGAUCAAGUACUGCGCGUUGGAAAUCGCAAAUGGUAUCGGCGCAACUGCGCUGUGUAUCAUGUCGUAUUUCAAUGGGGUAACGAGGGUUAUGACGUUACCAGAGAGUUACAAACUGGAUGCCGUACUCCGAGUGACAGAGAUACUUGCAACCAUAAUACUAAUAUUAUGGCCGAUGAUAUCGAGAAUGUAGGCUGUGCCGCUCUGGAUUGUCUGAAUUUCAAGCAGCUGACUUGUAUUUAUAAGUGAUUAUAAAUUAGCCAGUUGCGACAGAAGUAUCAAUACAAGACACCCCUAAACAGAGACGGGACACAAAAGGAACAGGCAAACAGAAGGUCACCCACUUAACCGCUUACAAUAUAACAACCAACAUUACAGAAACGGAGAGUGGGGGGACUGAGUUUCACUGAACCUAUAUUGUCCUAAUCUCACCAUUCUGCUUACAUAUUAUGUCAUAAACACUUAAUACAGUAACCUUUUUAUCUGAUGGGUCAAUUUGACGCUA